GACGUCAGCAGGCGUCGUGCGGGGAUUGGAAUGCUACAAUGUAACAAUCGCAACUGGACGCUUCAGAUUAAAGCGCUGGAAUGUAACGUUGUAUCUUCGGCGUCGCAAAGGCGUUUUGAAUGUAGCAAGGAACAGAAGAACGCGUCGGUUUGUAAUGUAUUUGCGAGAGGUCCCAAAACGACGGAGCGACUGUAAAGACAACCAGCCUUUGGAGGAUUUGUGAGAGGAAAAUAUGAGAGAAUACACGGAUUUGUGGGGAUUUAAACGCUCGGGAAGUUUGUGACGGGGUCUUUCUGACUCACGCGCAUCGCGUGAGAUCCGGCUCUUGGACGUUUCUCGUGCCGUUUCCUACGUUUGUUAUUUCUUUAGACUGGAUUCGAAGAAGUCUUCUCUGAAAGUACUUUCUGAUGGUUUUCACUGAUCCACAACGGUCCCCGAUGGCCGGCAGGGUUCAGGUGUCAUCUGUCAGUAGUUUAGAUGCUGUCUAACGCGAACCAGGCACCGGAGAGGAGAGAGGUAGAUCCAUAAAUAGGGUUUAAGGUUAAGUCGCCCACAUGCUCUGGAUUUGGGAUUGGAAUCACAAGGUGGAAGUUGAGAGCAUCAAAUCCCUGCGGGUCUGUGGAAGAUGCUGUCCAGCAGGAGUUGAGACCUUCGGAUUCAUCAUCAACCGGCUCCAUCUGGAUCUAAGGACACAUGCAGGCCAAAAAACGCUAUUUAAUUCUGUUCUCUGCAGGUGUGUGUCUCGUUCUCCUCUUUUACCUGCAGGGACCAGCUUCCAGAAGGAAUCCAAGCCGAGGGGAUGACCCCCAUCCACACUGGCCCCAUUUCUCAGACCCCUUACGAGCUUUUAUUCCUUGGGAUCAGACCGAGACGGAGGACUACAAUGUCCGCGUUUCUCCGAGACACAAAAGAGAUGACAACUCUGGAGCUUACAAGUGCAGAAUGGACUCCUGCUUUGACUUCUCCUUGUGCAGGAGGAACGGCUUCAAAGUCUACAUCUACCCUCAACAGAAAGGCGAGAAGAUCUCAGAAAGCUACCAAAACAUCUUGUCCUCCAUUGAGGGCUCCAGAUUCUACACUUCUGACCCGGGACAGGCUUGUGUCUUUGUUUUGAACCUUGACACCCUGGACAGAGACCAGCUGUCUCCUCAGUACGUCCACAACCUCAAAACUAAGAUCCAGAACCUGAACCUGUGGAAUAACGGGAGGAACCACCUGAUCUUUAACCUGUACUCGGGCACGUGGCCGGAUUACACGGAGGAUUUGGGGUUUGAUAUCGGACAAGCCAUGUUGGCCAAAGCCAGCAUCAGCACUGAGAACUUCAGACCUAAUUUUGACAUCUCCAUCCCCUUGUUCUCCAAAGAUCACCCCCGGACUGGAGGAGAAAGGGGGUAUUUAAAAUACAACACCAUCCCUCCUUUUAGGAAAUAUGUGUUGGUUUUUAAAGGCAAGCGCUAUCUGACUGGGAUUGGUUCUGAUACCAGGAACGCGCUUUAUCACAUCCAUAAUGCUGAAGAUGUGGUUCUCCUCACCACGUGCAAACAUGGCAAAGACUGGCAGAAACAUAAAGAUGCUCGCUGUGACAAGGACAAUGCUGAAUAUGACAGGUAUGACUAUAAAGAAAUGCUGCAUAACUCUACUUUCUGUCUCGUGCCUCGAGGACGCCGCCUGGGCUCUUUCCGUUUCCUGGAGGCUCUGCAGGCCGCUUGUGUUCCCGUCAUGCUCAGUAAUGGCUGGGAGCUUCCCUUCUCAGAGAUCAUCGACUGGCACACAGCCGCUGUCAUUGGGGACGAGAGACUUCUUCUACAGAUUCCAUCGACGGUUCGCUCCAUCCAUCAAGAUCGCAUUCUGUCUCUCCGCCAGCAGACGCAGUUCUUGUGGGAAGCGUAUUUCUCUUCCGUGGAGAAAAUUGUGCUCACUACGCUGGAGAUCAUCCAGGACCGUGUUUUGCAGCAUAACGCCCGCAGCACUCUGAUGUGGAACCGCUUGCCCGGAGGACUUUUCACUUUGCCCCAGUACUCAUCCUACCUGGGAGAUUUUCCCUUCUUCUACGCUGAACUCGGCAUUAAACCACAGCAGAAGUUCACAGCCGUCAUUCACGCUGUCACACCUCUCGUAUCUCAGUCGCAACCGAUUUUCAAGUUGCUAGUAGCUGUGGCCAAAUCUCAGUACUGUGCCCAGAUCAUUGUCCUGUGGAACUGCGACAAGCCUCUCCCUGCGAAGCACCGCUGGCCCGCCACCUCUGUCCCAGUCAUCGUAAUCGAGGGCGAGAGCAAGGUGAUGAGCAGCCGAUUCCUCCCCUAUGACAACAUCAAAACUGAUGCGGUCUUGAGUCUGGAUGAAGACACCGUGCUCUCGACCACGGAGGUGGAUUUUGCCUUUACGGUUUGGCAAAGUUUCCCAGAGAGGAUCGUGGGAUAUCCCGCACGGAGCCAUUUUUGGGACUCUAACAAGGAGCGGUGGGGCUACACCUCCAAAUGGACCAAUGACUACUCCAUGGUGCUGACUGGAGCUGCUUUCUACCACAGGUAUUAUAACUACUUGUACACACAAUACCUGCCUGGCAGCUUAAAGAGUAUGGUUGACCAGCUCUCAAACUGUGAAGACAUCCUCAUGAACUUCCUGGUGUCUGCUGUCACUAAGAUGCCUCCGAUCAAGGUCACUCAAAAGAAGCAGUACAAGGAGACGAUGAUGGGACAGACGUCCCGGGCAUCACGCUGGGCAGAUCCUGACCACUUUGCCCAGCGGCAGACGUGCAUGAACAAAUUUGCCAGCUGGUUUGGCACCAUGCCCCUGGUCCAUUCACAGAUGAGACUGGAUCCCGUUCUGUUCAAAGACCAGGUAUCGAUACUGCGCAAAAAGUACAGAGACAUCGAGAGACUCUGACGAAGCUGACAAACACCUUCCCUCUGUACGGGGACGGGAAACGGCAUACGAAAACCCCCCAGAACCCUGAAAAACCAGAUCGACAGGGAUAAAAACGGGGGCACAGAAACCCUCAGGGAAGGAGCGCAUCGAGAUUGGGGGGGAAGUGUUGUGCUGCAAGAAGAUCCGUCUGCUGGAGAUCGUCACUAACUAUAAAUACACGAAAGCAAGAGGUUCGAUGCGAGACCACGUCGAUGUUAUUUGGCCGAGUUUAGCACAACACAAAGACACGCCAACGUUGGCAGCUUUCUGUCUUCCACACCCCCUCUUGCAAUGCUUUGCCAAUGACAACGGUGACCGUGGCAGAUUCGCCAAUGCCGAGCAGCCGCGCACACAUCCACAUGCAGUCAGAAAAUAUACUAGCGCACGCCGGUUUAACUUCUGUAUCAGACCUCUCCGUGUUAGAUGUGUGAUAGGCCUGGCUGGAAGGGUAUUUAUUCUGUCCUCCUUCGGUAAGCGUUACGCCCCUCUUGAAGACGCAGGACAACGCCCUGCGGAGAAGUCGAGUGUGUGCGAAACAGUGCCUGAGCUUUCAGAUGGACCGUAUCUGGGAGUCCAAAGGGGUUUUGUGUGAAUGCAAAAACACCUUGUUCAUGCUGCUUAUAUUUGGAUUCAAAUGUUAGGUGUUCCACAAAUUGGCCCACUUGGUUUUGAUUUUUGUUUUCUUUCUAUACGAGCCUUUUGGUGUAUUUUGUCAAACUGACAUAAUAUUAGUAUUUUCGGAGGAGUUAGACCCAAUGCCACAACAUCUUAUUUUUGUCUGGUUCUCUUACAAGUCUUAUUGGUGUAAUGCCAUAUCAGAAGCCACGUUCACACUGCAGCUAAUUCAGAUCGUACUCCACUUCUGACUUAUCUGGUCUUAAUUUGCGUUUUGUGUUUUUUUGGGUUUUUUUGGAAGUGAUACGUUUUUACAUCCAAAAUGUUUAUAUAACGACUUUAUAUAACGACGAUAUAACUUUUACAAUUCAAAUUAAGAGUCGUUAAUGCAGCGAUCCCGCUUGUUCAAUGACAAACGUGGAGGGGGCGAAUCUGUUUACGGCGAUUUCAAAAUGUAAAAAAAAGUUCACACCCAUUCUAAUCUCCACUAACUAAGGUUUCUUUCUUUAAAUCACCAAACAUUUUAAUAUCUGUUGCAAUCCGUUUCUCUUUUGUUGUCAGUUUGGACAAGUCAGCCAGAGUUUAUAUGGCUAUUAUGUAGGUUUUCCACAGAUUGGCUCGAAGUUUUAGAUUUUUCUUUCUUUCUAUACAAGCCUUUUAGUGUAUUUUGUCGAACUGGCAUCAUUUUAGUAUUUUUUUUAUUUUUAUGAUUUAGACAAAGUGGCGCGAACCUUUCUGUUUGGUUUUGUUUGCGAGUCUUAUGAGUGUAAUGCCACAUCAGAGACCACGUUCACACUUCAGCUAAUUCAGAUGUCACUCCACUUCUGAUUCACCUCGGUGUGACUUCGUUUAUUCGGAAGCGACGAAUACGUUUUACAUCUAAUAACAACAGCUCACGCAGACAUCAGUCGUCUGACAAAAAACAUGGAUGCUAGCACAUCUUUGUUCACUGAGAUUUCUUUCUUUAUAUGGAUGUUCCAAUCCAUUUAUUUAAACCUAUUUAUAUUUUUUUCUAAAGGCUGAAUAAACGGUUCGAAUCUAGAAAUCUAGAUCGAAUAAUCCCUAUGUUGUUUCAGUGUGUGUGCGCGCGUGGAUGGUAUGCAUUUCAAGAAUCAUUGACUCAACGGCUCAAGUCAAAGCACAGCAUACGCAGUCGUAAAGAGAUAUUUAACACUAGUUUCGCAUUUACUCUCGCAAAUCAAUGAAACGUCUGAAAAUGCUUACGAUUACAAGAGGAUGUCAUUCAUAGAGCUUCACGGCGAGUUUUGAGAAUGUCUUCCAUUGAUUUUUCUGUUAAGAAAGAGCUAUCGACUCAUUACCACUCCUGUUUUUGUCGGAUCGGGAUGGAUAGAGCUGGCUGUCCCAGUGGAGACUGAAUCAAAAGUGCUUUUGUCCAAAACCCACUUGGUCUUUAGUCAGAGCAGAUGCCAUAUUUAACGUUGCCAUAAUAAAAACACUGCUGUGAAGGACAGUUUCGGCGCGUUUCACUGUUCUGUUGUCAAGACUAAAUAAAUAUUUGCCGGAAAGAAAUGUAAUAUAGCACCUUAAACGAUCUACCAACUGUAAAUUAAAUAUGGCAUCUACACCGAUUUAAGGUUUAAAUAAAAAAAAAUAAUAAUAAUACACCAUAUAUACAGUGCAAAAGCAUUUUCCCUAUUAAAGACGGUAGGAUUGAAUAUUAUACAGCGAUGGUUUGGAACAUGUGACGAUAGAAAUUUGUGAACUGUUUAGUGAUUUUGCUUCACCGUUAAUAUAAUAGCUAUUUGCAUGGCUAUCAUCUGAUAGGACUGCUUUGUUUUAUCGACGCAUAAAAAGGUAAUGUGACGAUAACGAAAUGUACCCCAAAUCAUUUAAGACGAGGAAAAAACUAUUUAGGAGUGUUGUGAGACUUGUAUGGCAUUAAUGUAGAAUUGAACCGACGUGCAUGAAUUGGGCAGAAACCGUCUCUCCGAAUAAGAUAUCGCUAGCGUGAGGUUCUAGUCACGUAUAUCAAGAUUUAAUCAGGCUUUUCUCUCUCUUUUUGUCUCAGAUGAAUGUGCCUUUUCUCAAGACACUUCUGCAUUAUGUUUCGCUAGCCUUCAGCGCCACAAUCUCCUCUAUAGAGUUGAUCGUACAUAUCUGUUCCCGUUCACUUGGUUUAUUUUUCUUUGUCAAACACUGGAGUUUUCCUGACGGUUCAGUACUGACAUUCCUGCCUGUUUUAUAGGAAACAUCUCAGUCGCUCUUUCACUCUGCCUCAUGUUCGUACUUGUAUUUAGCACCCAUGAGGAUUCGUAGUUUUCAUUAUUUCAUCCUUGGACCCUGUAAAGACAAUAAAAUGGAGUUGGAGUUUUUUUAAGAUAUAAAAGUGAUUUUAUAAAAAAGAAAGAAAAUAAAUAAAUGAUAUUUGA